GUUACGAUUAUCACGUCAAUGUCACUAUUGAUGGCGCCAUGACCAACCCUGCAUACUUCAAAGUGGCCCUGUAUGGUGAAUCCACAAACACCAUCCAGUACAGGAUCUACAUUGGUACCGUGACGCCAGGCAAGAGUUACGCGAACGACAUUAAGACUAAGGUGGACGUCGGCGAGAUAACACAUGUCAAGUUCGUCUGGGACGACUACCAUGUCAACCCUCUGGCCAAAUUCGGAGCCUCUCGCAUCGAAGUGACCAGAUUCCGGGACAACAAGAUGUUUGUGUUCUGUGGAGACGAGAAGCUGUAUGAGAACCAGCUGCAGACCCUGCAGCCAUGUCCCGCUCAGUAAACAGAUGCACCCAUGUAAUAUGUUAUUAUUAAUAAAGACCUUGUUCUCA